AUGCUAAAUUUGCUCUGUAAAAAUGAGUCCAUUGACGAGCAAACGACGAUUAGCUCUAAUUGGAGUAAUUUGGAAAAUAUCAUUAUGAAUAUUUCGCAGCCAUGUGAAGAUAUGAUGGUGGCUUGUCGAUUUGCCGCCAAUGAAUACGAUUGCACAAAAUACUUUAUAACGAUAAUCACCGAUGAAGGCCUGUGUUGUGUAUUCAAUAUGGUGCAUCCUAAAUUUAUGUUUAUUUCACACAUACCGCUUAGCAUGCACAAUAUUCCCGGUAGUGAAUAUCAGCCGAUUGACUGGUACGCAGAGAGCGGUUACCCCGCCGAUUUACCAGAAAAAUACUAUCCACGUCGCAUAGCGGGUACGGGCGAAUCACUGGGUCUCUCCAUCACACUAGACGUGGAGGCUGACAAGUAUUAUUGCUCGUCGACGAGUAGUGUUGGCUUCAAAAUUUCACUGCACAGCCCGAACGAGUCACCAAACGUGCACGAAACUGGUGUGUUAAUUGCGCCUGGCAAGGAGACUAAAGUGCGUGUACGUCCCGAUAAAACGGAGACCACUCAAAAGUUGCGCUCGGUGGCCACCAAAUACAGGCGCUGCCUAUUUCAUGACGAACGAAAAUUACUUUAUUUUGCACACUAUACACAGCGUAAUUGCGAAAUGGAGUGCAUAGCAGAAAUGUUGUUGCAACAUUGUGGCUGCAUUAGCUUCUAUAUGCCGAAAAUCUAUAAGAAUGCGACGAUUUGUAAUAUCGAUGCGCUGCAUUGUGUGGAGAAAGUGCGUUUGCGGAAAGAUCCCUCGAUUGGUUCUUGUCUGGAUGCCUGCUGGCCGAGUUGUUACGACUUGACAUUUCUGGUGGAUGUUUUUGCCAUACCGUUAUCGAGUGAUGGAUUUUUUAUUGAAAACAAACGUGUACAACGGUAUAAUAGGAGUUAUGCUAAGAAGAAUAUCGCUGUGGUCAAUAUGUACUUUAAAGAGUACUCUUUUCGGAGCAGCAUACAAACAGAGUUCAUAGGCACGACUGACUUUUUGUCCGCCGUUGGUGGACUUAUGGGUUUAUUUCUGGGCUUCAGCUUCAUCUCAAUAGUUGAACUGGUUUACUUUGCCAUCAUACAUCCGAUACGCACCUUGCUGCAGUUCGAAUGCACCAAGAAGCCGGCUGUGGUUGCGGACAAGCUGAUUUCGUGUAAUAAAACAGCGAUACCCCGACGUUGGUCGUCAGUUCAGCGAUAUAAGCGAUUGCGAAAGUACUUGCGGCUACGUGGAAUUUACAGCAAAGCGAAUAAAGCAAUGAAACACAAGUUAGUUUAUACACGCUUGAACAAUAAUGCCGUUAGGAAUAUAACGGAGGCAGUGAAACAGGAGCAGGAAAUAAGAAAGUAG